GCGCGUUAUUUAUGUGCGACAACGGCGAAAAGAUGGCGGCGGCCAUGGUGCAAAUGUCUUGUUUGUACCGUGGGAUGCUAGCGGUCAGGGCAACUGGAAUCCGACCGCUCAUCCCAGGCCUGGUGCCGUCGCAGUUUAGAGCAUUUUCUGUGAAGAAGAAGAAAGAGCCGGAACUGGAGGACAAUCCAUAUUAUAAUAAAUAUCAGGAAAAGAUCAGAAAGCUACAGAGUGCCAAACCUCAGGAGUUCAAUGCUCGGCUCGAGAAUCUAAAUGAAAUUAAACGGGAGCCACUCGGACACUCAAAACAAUCAGAGUUCGUCAAACUCAUGGAGCAGGAGUUGGAGAAGCGUGACAACCAGGCUGAUGGUUCAGGCAGAUUCACCAAAGACAAGACUCUAGGAUCUAUCCUGAACUUGGACUUGAUCCAGAAUAAGUCAGGAGAAGAAAUUGCAGAGCUUUGGAAGCAGUAUUAUGCCACAAAAGACACCAUAAGUGCUGUCAUACCAGCUCACGUUUUUGAAGUAAUUUUCAACAGAGCCAAGUGCAACCCUGUGUUCCUGUAUGCGUUACCCCAGAAGGAGGGCUAUGAAUUUUUCCUGGGGCAGUGGUCGGACCACGAGCUACAUUUCACGUCCCUCAUCAAUGUCCAGACCAUGGGAGAGCACGCCCCGAGUCAGUUGAUCCUCUACCACUAUUCUGACCUGCAGAAAGACAAGGGUGUAGUGCUCAUGACUGCCGAGAUGGACCCUAAGUUCAUGACGGUACAUCUAGCUCAGUGCUUGGCCAAUCAGGUGCAGCUGUUCUACGGAACCCAGCGGCAGGAGAUCUUCCGAUUGGUGGAGACCUUCAACCACAAACCAGCUGACUUCAAACACAUGGCAGUGAUCGCUGAGUUGGAACAGAGUGGCGUCAACCCUGCAUUCACCUCUGGGAACUAGAUCAAGAGUUGUCAGACUGUGAAAUGAUGCUCCAAUUCACCAAGGGAUUUGUACAUGGUCAUUCAUUUGGAGCCAAUCUUGCGUUUGCGAGAAUGACGUCUUUUGCUUGGCACUAAUGACCUGGUUGAGCAGAUGCGUCAGUCAAAAUGUAUGCUAAAUUCCCAGGCAUAGAUGAUGUAAUGAAUCAAUGUUAUUUAAUCAUAUCAAAGCCUUAAAUGUUCUUCCUCACCUCUCCCCUGUCCAUCUUACUGUUGCACUUAACAGUAGUCUCAUAUUCCUGUCUGAACCCAGUCUGCAACCCAUAAGGCUCUCUAGACCCUACGUAGUUCAUUACAUUUGACCAGAGGCCUAUGAUCCUUUGUCGAACGUAGUCCACUAUAAAUGGAAUAGGGUGCCAUUUGGGACUUAACCCCAGUGUUUGGUGUUUACCCUUCCAAAUAUGCUUCUUAUUUUUGUAUAGAAUAACGGCAGGAAUUUGGCUUUCAAAACAAUGCAGUGUACAAUGAGAUUGCGUACAUAAGUGUAUUUGUACAUAUAAGUACAUUGUAGAUUAACUGUAAUACAGAAAGAAUGGUUAGACAAUUUGUCUGUUUUCAUUUAUUAAACUGUUGCUACAUUAUUAUACAUAGUUGCAACUUGAGCGAUAUGGCUACAGUAUCAUUCACCUGUUGCACCCAUUUAUUUAGUGUCCUGAUAUAUUGUUGCAAUAAAUUCAAAAGGAAUAUUCAUAACAUGCAAAAUAGCAACCCUAGUUCAUACGGUAAUGAACAUGUAUAGAUGCUUUUCCAGUUGCAUGUGUACUUUGCUCAAUCAAUGUAAACAAAUGGUGAGGUGGUUUCGAGCUGCCUCUCGGACAACAGGCUAUAAAUAAAUGUAUAGCUACAUUUUUAUUGCUAUUUCAUGGAUGA